UUCUCGAUCAGUUUCCGUGUCCAGUGUCCUAUCCCUUUCUUCCCCCCGUCCAAAGCAGCUCCGAUAUAAACGAACCUCUCCGCCGCCGUCGGCCGCACGGCGAGGGCGGAAAUCCCGAUCUGGCCAUCCAUCGCCUUCGCCUCCUCCCGCCGCUACCCACUGGCCGGGUGUUGACAAACAGCCGCGGACGAGCGACCACGUGCGAGCGCGCGCGCCUCCCACCGAGAAGAACACGCCGACGCCCACCGCCCACACGCUAUUUACUACUACUACUAGUACCACCACCACCCCGUUCCGACCCAAACGCCCGCCAGCCAGCCACCCAAGCGACGAUGAAGGGGGGAGAAGCGGCGGCGGCGGCGGCGGCGGCGAUGGUGGCGGGCGACGAGCGCUACUGCGAGGCGGAGGACAGGGAGCUGACGGUGCGCAAGACCACGCUCUUCUCCCCGGGGGACGGGCUGGAGGCCUACGACCACCGCACGGGGGAGCUGGCCUUCCGCGUCGAGACGUACGGCCGCGGGGGCGUCUGCGGCGGCGCGGCCGCGGCCGGGGACCUCGCGCUGCUGGGCGCCCAGGGGGAGCCCGUGCUCACGGUGCGCCGGCGCAGGCCCAGCCUGCACCACCGCUGGGACGGCUUCCUCGGGGACGGCGGCGCCGCGCAGCAGAAGCCGCUCUUCUCCGCGCGCCGCUCCUCCAUCCUCGGCGGGGCCGGAUCCGGGGUCCUCGUCGACCUCCUCGCCCCCGCCCCCGCCGCUGAGUUCCGGGUCGAGGGGUCCUUCCCCAGGCGCUGCUGCCGCGUGGUCGUGGUGGCUGGCGCCGACGACGAGGAGGGCGCGGAGGAGGUGGUGGUGGCGGAGGUGCGGAGGAAGGUGGACGAGGGCGCGCACGUGCUGCUCGGGCGCGACGUGUUCGUGCUAUGGCUGCGCGCGGGAUUCGACGCCGCCUUCGCCAUGGGGAUCGUGCUCGUGCUCGACCGGAUCACCGGCGACGAGCUCGACGGCGUCCUCAGCGACGACCUGCUCGAGGCCACCUCGCCCGUCAGUGCUAGCCUAGCCUCAUCCACGCGCGUCGCCUGAAUGUAAGUCUGGUUUGUGCGUGCAGGAUUGUUGCCCUGCUUGCUCGGCGAUCUUGCGAACUCCUGGCAUCGUUUGCGUUGCAGAGUUUGGAUCUGAUCUGGCCCUGUGGAUUCACCUUGUACUAGCUUUGACGAGUGAAACAUGGACAAGAUCUCCUUUGCAUCCUUUGGAUGCUAGUUUUGCUGGCCAUGUUUUCCAAAACAUUUAGAGCAAAUACAGUGCUGCGAAAACUUCUUCUAUAUCAUCUACGGGCGACUUUGAUGUGAUAAAUCCAAAUACUUCGUGAA